AUGCAGCAGGGCUUUGGAAGCUCAGAGGAGUGGGCCAAGCAGCCCGUGGGGUGGCUAGUCCUCUCUCGUCCCCUCGGGCUCGCCUUAACGGCGAGCGCUCGCUCUCGCCGCAGGCCGCCGUUGGGCAGAUGGCUCCUCAGGGCCGCUGGUGAGCGGGGACGAGGCCAGCCACCCGUCGGUGGGGUCCGUGUGCGUGCAGGCAGCCCCGCUCCACAGGCCGCAGACUUUCUGUCCGCUUGGGGUCGUCGGGGGCUUUCCAGUUGCAGCCCCGUGGGGUAUGUUCAUCACUUGUUUUCUCGCAGGUGUUCCAGAAAAAGGGCCUUUCAGAUUACCAAGUCCUUUCUGCCCAUCCUGGAGUGGCUGCCCAACUACCGGGUGAAGGAGUGGCUGAUCAGCGAUGUCAUCUCGGGGGUCAGCACCGGCCUCGUCGCCACCUUGCAAGGUUUGGCAUAUGCUUUGCUGGUUGCAGUUCCUGUUGGAUAUGGUCUCUAUUCUGCCUUUUUUCCCAUCCUGACAUACUUUUUCCUGGGAACAUCAAGGCACAUCUCAGUUGGUCCAUUCCCUGUAGUCAGUUUGAUGGUGGGAUCUGUUGUAUUGAGCAUGGCCCCUGAUGAUAAUUUUCUCAUAGACGGCAGUAAUGCAACAGGGACUAAUGGUACUGGAACACUGAUAGACAUUGAAUCCAGAGAUGCACAGAGAGUGCUGAUUGCUAGUACCCUCACAUUUCUGGUUGGAAUUUUACAGGUAAUAUUUGGAGUCCUUCAGAUUGGUUUCAUUGUGAGGUACCUUGCAGAUCCACUGGUUGGGGGAUUCACAACUGCAGCUGCUUUUCAAGUGCUUGUGUCACAAUUGAAAAUAGUCCUAAAUGUUUCAACUAAAAACUAUAAUGGUGUCCUUUCCAUAAUAUACACUCUUAUUGAAACAUUUGAAAAAAUUGGUACCACCAACACUGCAGAUCUUAUUGCUGGACUCCUCACCAUUUUUGUCUGCAUGGUAGUUAAAGAAAUAAACGAUCGGUUCAAACACAGGAUACCAAUACCUAUACCAAUAGAAGUUAUUGUGACAAUAGUAGCCACUGGCAUUUCAUAUGCUGCCGACUUGGAAAAAAAAUACAAUGCAGGCAUUGUUAAAAGCAUUCCAAGAGGAUUUUUGCCUCCCGAACCUCCAGAUGUCAGCCUGUUUUCCCAGAUGAUAGCAGCCUCCUUUUCCAUUGCUAUUGUUGCUUAUGCUAUUGCUGUAUCUGUGGGAAAAGUAUAUGCAACCAAGUAUGACUAUGCUAUUGAUGGAAACCAGGAGUUUAUUGCCUUCGGGCUCAGCAACAUUUUUUCAGGUGCCUUUUCUUGUUUUGUUGCAACUACUGCUCUUUCACGCACCGCAGUCCAAGAAAGUACUGGUGGAAAGACUCAGGUUGCUGGUAUAAUCUCAGCUGGGAUUGUUUUGAUUUCCAUCGUUGCCCUGGGGAAAUUGCUAGAGCCCUUACAAAAGUCUGUGUUGGCAGCUGUAGUCAUAGCUAACUUGAAAGGGAUGUUCAUGCAAGUGUUUGAUGUUCCCCGUCUGUGGAGACAGAAUAAAGUGGAUGCUAUGAUCUGGGUUUUUACAUGUGUAGCAUCCAUCAUUCUGGGACUUGAUUUGGGAUUACUUGCUGGCCUUUUGUUUGGAUUGCUGACAGUUGUGCUGAGAGUUCAGUUUCCGUCAUGGGGUGGCUUUGGAAACAUCCCUGGCACAGACAUCUACAAGAAGGUCAAGGACUACAAAAAUGUUAUAGAACCAGAAGGUGUGAAGAUUCUCAAGUUUUCAAGUCCAAUUUUUUAUGCUAACAUCGAUGGACUGAAAAGCAGCCUAAAAUCCACAGUGGGAUUUGAUGCAGUCAAGGUGUAUAAUAAGAGACUCAAAGCACUGAGGAAGAUACAAAAGCUAAUCAAGAAGGGGAAAUUAAAAGCUACUAAGAAUGGCAUCAUCAGUGAGCCUGGUAUUAAUAAUGAAGCUUUUGAGACUGAUGAGGAACCCGAAGACAACGAAGAUCUUCAAGUUCCCACCAAAGAAGUAGAGAUCCAGGUGGACUGGAAUUCAGAACUCCCAGUCAAAGUAAACAUCCCCAAGGUGCCCAUCCACAGUCUCAUUCUUGAUUUUGGAGCAGUAACCUUCUUGGAUAUUGUAGCUGUGAGAUCAAUAAAAACGAUAAUUAGAGAGUUUGAGAGAAUUGAUGUGAGAGUAUACUUUGCUUCAUAUCAAGACAACCUUAUAUCUCAACUGGAACGGACUGACUUCUUUGACGAUAUUGUCAGAAAAGACAUAUUCUUCUUGACUGUCCAUGAUGCUGUGCUCUACAUAAGGAAUCAAAUGACAUACAGUGACAACCAGGAUCCCAUAUUUGAGAAGAUUUCGCUCAUGCAGGAGUCUAAAGAACCUAUGGAAUUCACAGAAACAAGCCAGCCUGAUGAUGAACUUGAUGUUCAGGAAGAGGCCAUGCGCAGACUUGCUUCAUGA